AUGUCUUCUGAUCCGUCAUGGGAACCUGAAUUCUGCCUCUACUGCGACAGGCAAACAGAUGGCUCUUUAUACUGCUCAGAGGCAUGCAGGCUUCGGGACUUCGAGUCCUCCUCGACUUCGCUCAACACAACCACAGGUUCACCAGGCGUUGCCAGCCCAUCCUAUCGAUGGAGUGUACCGAGGAACCAAACAAAGUUCUACCUACCGCCAGCCUACGACUUUACCAACGCUCAACCUUACGGCUCGACGCCCCUACCACAAUCUCACAUCUCGACCCGCUCUGGGUCGUCAUCAUCCGGCGCUGGCCUGACACCCUCAAGUUCGCACAGCAGCCUAUGCUCUCUGGGAAGUACUUCAUCGACGGGUAGCGAGAGCUCUCCGAUGUCCGACAAGACGAAGAAGCACCUGAGAGAUUACGCUAGCUCUUUCGAGCACGCCCGAACUCAAAACCGGCGCCGAUCUUGCUAA